AUGUACGAAAAUAGCACUGAGGAGGGCGCUGGCGAGUCGCGUGCGCAGGCGCAUGUAGCUGUACUCCUCACACUCUACGUCCUUGUCUCUGUCAUCGGUAUAAUUGGUAAUGUAAGUUUAAUGGCAGUGUUGGCAUCAAGCGGCGCGUCCCGAUUACGCACGCCGCAGCUGCUCAGUGCGUGUGCCGCGGACUUGCUGGUGUGCGCCGCGAGUGCCCCACUCGCUGCCACCAGAGCCGCCAGGAUACACCACUUGCCGUGUCAUGUCACACAUUAUAUUGAGUCAUUCCCAGUUGCCGCGAGUACGUUAUCCCUAGUAGCGAUGGCAGCAGACAGAUGUGGCGCAGUACAUCGCGGCCGCAGUUCUCUAUGCGCCAGACCAUUCUUAGCUGUUGGCCUUGUAUGGAUGACGGCAUUAUUACUAGGUGCUGUAACAAUGAUAGCAACAUGUCUAUCAUUUCCGCCACUAGCUGCUGCCCAUGCGAUAAUCACAUAUUGUGUGCCAGUGGCUGCAGUAACCAAAUGCCAUUGGGCAGUGCGAGUCAAACUCACAGCACUCUCACUCACUGCCCGCGCUGCACAUGGAGAACUACCUCUACCAGUCCCCCUGAUGCGCAGACCAACUCAUGUAAUCAUAGUCGCAGGUGUUGGACCGAGGGAACGUCGUGAUGCUGUUGACGUCGGAGAUGUUAGAACAAAGAAAUUACAACCCAGCCUCCUUGGUCCACAGCCUCCAACAUCCACUCUAAGAUCAAGGCGGCGUCUUGGGAACGUACUUAUUGGUAUCGCCGCAAUAUUUGCAAUCUGCUGGUGCCCUCAUGCGGGAAUAGUCAUAUGCAGCACAUUUGGAUUAAAUGCUCCAAUUAUUAUAUCACAGUAUGCGCUGCUACUAGGGCAUGCUCAUUCAGCACUAAAUGCAGCAGCGUAUUGGCUAUUGAAUCGUCACGCUCUUACUGCUGCGUGUGCAGCUUGGCGAAUCCCUCAACUGCGAGUGCGGGAGGAACGGCCAUCUUCCACCAAUGAGGCUGCACUAGGAGCUUUCCACCCUAGACUUGCGCGACCUGCUCCCUCUCCCCGCCCUCCACCUUCCAGCUUUCUUUAU